CCCAAACGCCCCCACAAAGAGUCCCCUUCAUUCUCUUUCCCCUCCUUAUAACCCUUUUGCUCCCAUAACUUUCAACCAUAUUAUCUCCUUCCCAUUUCACAUAACAGAGGUUGUCUGUCUUCGAUCUUUACCUCUCCCAAAUGGGUUUCGAUGAUGUUUGUAACACGGGCCUUGUUCUGGGUUUAGGUCUUACAGCAGCAACAGCAGCACAAGAAAGUAGUACAUCCAAGGCAGCAAAGAAACCGUGCUCAAAUUUUGAGCCGUCUCUAACGUUAGGUCUUUCCGGUGAGAGUUACCAACAAAUCUUCCCCAAAAAGAUCGAUGUGAACAAAGGCUGUGACGAAUCGGUUGACUUGUACCGACAAGCUUCGCCUCACAGCGCUGUUUCAUCCUUCUCUAGUGGUCGGAUCAAGAGGGAGAGAGACCUUAGCAGCGAGGAGGUUGAGGUAGAGAGAGUCUCUUCGAGAGUCAGCGAUGAAGAUGAAGAUGGUCCUAAUGCAAGAAAGAAGCUUCGGCUCACCAAGGAACAGUCUGCUCUUUUGGAGGAAAGCUUCAAACAACAUAGCACUCUCAACCCUAAGCAAAAGCAAGCUCUGGCAAGGCAGCUAAAUCUACGGCCUCGACAGGUUGAAGUUUGGUUCCAGAACAGAAGGGCCAGGACAAAGCUUAAGCAAACGGAGGUGGACUGUGAGUUCCUGAAGAAGUGUUGCGAAACACUGACAGAUGAAAAUAGGCGGCUACAGAAAGAGCUUCAGGAACUGAAGGCGCUGAAAUUAGCCCAACCUUUGUACAUGCAUAUGCCGGCGGCCACCCUCACGAUGUGCCCAUCAUGCGAAAGGAUUGGCGGUGUCGGCGAGAACGCUUCCAAGAGCCCCUUUUCGAUGGCUCCCAAGCCUCACUUCUACAACCCCUUCACCAAUCCUUCCGCAGCUUGUUAGGGUGUUAGGAUUAGGGAAAGAUAGAUCUCCGUAACCCCUAUAUUUUUUUGGUCAAGGGCUUGCAGUGAAUUAAAGAUUAGUGUAAUUAAGCUGUAGAAAAUAGUAAUAUUACUGAUCAUCAUCAAUUACCUUUCUUUUUUUUACUUCAUAUAUAUAUAUAUAUAUGCUUGUAAAUCGUUAAACUUUACGUCUAUGAAGGGAUAGCUAUUAUUUAUUUCU